AUGUCUUCAGCAAAGCACGGAUUUGCUAUCGUUACUCCUGCUUCACGCGGGCUAGGUUUUGCCUUCGCUCACCAACUUCUAGCGCGGACCCAGCUCCCGGUGAUAGCAACAGCGCGCAAGAACUGCAAUGAGAUCCGAGAGUGGUUGCUAUCUAGCAAUGGCAUACCCAAGGAUUCAGAGAAGAGGCUUAAAAUGAUUGAAGUUGACGUGACAGAUGAAUCCACGAUAUCAGCAAUGGCAGAUACAAUCCGCAAGGAAUAUCCAGACACACCACUCAGAUUGGGACUGACAGUGCCGGGUACUCUGCAUGUGGAAAAGUCGCCGAGCCAGAUCGACUCUGCCGGGGCUUUGGAUAGCUUCAAAGUCAACUCCUUGGGUCCAUUACUCCUCAUGAAACAUCUCUCCCAAUUUAUGCCAUCCAAAUCUGCACCUGCAUUCCCCAAAACAGAGUUCACAGCUGCAGCUGGUUCCGAAACGCAGCUGGAGUUGCCUUCGCAUGCCAUCUAUGCCAUGAUGGCUGCUCGCGUCGGCUCCAUUUCUGACAACUCGUCGGGUGGGUGGUACUCGUAUCGUGCGAGCAAGGCUGCUGUGUUUCAGUUGGCAAAGUCUUUCGAUUUGUAUCUGCGGACGAAGAGCGCACAGAGGGCGAUUGCUGUUGCGUUGCAUCCGGGAACCGUGCGGACGGAUUUCACGAAGGAGUUCUGGGGCGGGAGGGAGAUGCUGGAGCCUGCUGAUUCAGCCGAGAAACUGUUGCAAGUCCUCUUGGGGCUAUCAGCUGAGACGAACGGAGGGAGAGGGAGGUGUUGGGAUUGGAAAGGGGAGGAGGUUUUGCCAUGA